CGUUAAUGGGAGCUGAUCAAAGUAAUACCAAUGAAAUGAAAACAUAAUAAUAAUACCAAAUGUUUUUACUGUAAUAUUCAAAGGAAAGAGAAUCAGAACACAACUAAUUUGGAUUGGUGAAGUUGUAUAAUCAUAAUUAAGUAAUUCAUCUGUUAUAAUUAGAAUAAUACUAUGAUUUGUAUUAAGAAGUUAUAAACAAAAAGUGAUACUGAAUUAACACAGAUAAAAAACCAUUUUAGAAAGAGAUAAAUAUUUGUACAUCCUAAUUUAGUGCAAUUACAGGCAGUUCGUACUUGCAAUGAAUAAUCGAUAUGUUCAGAUUCAAGUUUAGUGAUGGUUGUUUCAGAGUAUUUUCCAGAUACUUUAGAAAGUGAAUUAAAAAAGAGAAGGCAACCUCUUAAAAGAUUUCCAGAAUCUCAUAUAUGGCUGUUGAUUUAAUAAAUUGUAGAUCCUUUAUCAUUUUUAGAAGAAUAAAAGUAAGUUCAUGGAGAUAUUCAACCAUAAAAUAUUUAUUUGGAUGAGAGUGGAAGUGUUAAAUUGGCAGAAUAUAAUUAUUUUCCUGGAGGUUAACAUGGAUUUUAGAAAAUGUUAUUAAGUAUAGAUAAAGCUUAUCUUUCACCAAUUUUAUUAAAUAAUUAUAGAAACAUGAAUUUUAAGGCAUAACAUAAUGAAUAUAAAAGUGAUGUAUUUUCAUUAGGAAUGACAUUAAUGGGAGUUUUAUUAUUGGAAGAAUCUUAUGAUUGUAUGGAUUUUCAGAAUGGAUGUAUAAUAGAAAAUUUAAUUGAUUAAAAAUUAUAAAGAAUAAAGAGAUCAGGAUAUUCAUAAUUAUUAAUAAAUUUUGUUAGAGAAUUAUUGUAAAUUGAAGAAAAUGUAAGACCUAGUUGGAAUGAUUUAAAAUAAGUGAUAGAUCAAUUUCGAGAUAAGAUUUGUAAUUUGAUUCCAUUUUUUUAAGAUAAACGUCAAAUGUCACCAACAAAGGUUAUUUAUUAAUAGAGUUAUGUACCUCAAUAAUAAAUAUUGAGUUCUCCUCCUUAAUCUAAGAUAUUAAGUUCACCAAGAUAACCAUAGAUAUUAUAUUAGACAUAUCAUCAACCAUAAACAUUAUAUUAAACUAAACAAAUACAAGGAAUGCCAAUGAAAUAAUCAAUAUAUUAUGAAUCUGGUUAGAAAUAAGUACCAAUUAAGAAGAUAACAAAAUUAGAAGAUACAGUUUCUAAAUAAGCUCAACAACAAGGAGAGAGCAGUUUAGAGAAGACUACUAUAAAAUAAUCUGAAACUAAAUGA